GACUGGUCAGGCAACAUGUGCUCUAUAACUGAGGUAGAUACUAUCACGUAGCGACGGAAGUGCAGGACAUUCGAGAGAAGAGUUCCAACUCUGUCGUGACCAUAUCCAUCAGCGCUCUGCCAUCUCCUGCGAACCGCAGCAAAGAACGAUGCAGACCCUUGGCAGGUUCCGCAACAGGGACGAUGCCGCCCCAGCACCGUCCCCAGGGACCCCAUCCAGGGCUGGGUCAAGCUCGUCGCCCCAACCAAACCAGCCUCUGGGCGAUGGAGCACGGCGGCCAACGAAAUGCUCCGGAGCUAGUAACGGUACCGUAUGCAUCAGUCCUUGGCGCUUAAAAUCACCUGACUCGCAGCGGGGUUCGUAAUGUAACGCCCGUUCGUUUUAGUUUGACUUGUUAACUAGUGAGAAUUUCGUCUGAUGCUGACAAUGCAGCAGCAGCUGUUGAUUCAAGUGCCGAUGCACUGCUGAGCUUUAUGUCGACAUGAAACGAAGGAAAUCCCAUUGAUGGCCUCGAAUAUCUCCUUCUAGACGGUCAAAACGAACUAGUCACGGAUCAUAUCCUUCGUGAACGCACGAUUGGCCGGUCGAUGUAUUUUGGCUUGGACGUUCGAGAGCGAUAUCGCAUCAGUUUUUUUUUUUUAACCCCUGGCCACACCCGGACGGAAGUUUUCGUCCGAGGACACUUAUCCUGAUACCCCCAUCGGGACCGUUAGGCAUGAUUGAACACGCCUUUGGGCGCCAACAAGACGUUCCAGAUGCGCGCGCGGCAUACCGUCGGCCAGCUGCGGAGAAAUCAAAGGCAGGUGCUCCUUGAUGACACUGUGAACACAGAUGAUGUCGUGCUUGAUUUCCGAACAUUAGAUUUGGAUCAGCCCUCACAUCCUUGUAUCCCAUUCGAAGCCGCGAUCCUGCUUUUUGUGUUGGGUUCAAGAGUCCCAGCCAGUGGAUUGAGAGCAGGCAUUGAGCAGGGUUACGAGUUUUCCAGAGGCGUCCCUGGCUCUUUUAACACCACACCUGCGCAGCGGCCCCAUGUUAACUACCCAGGUCCAGCCUUAAACACUCAACUCUAUCACAGAUUUGCUGGGUCUGGAGCGCAAAGUGUCAUCCACUUGCCCCCAGUCGGGUGCCACUAUGCCGCCGUACCGCCGGUUCAUCAUCAUGUUGAUACCACAUCCCAUCUUGGCAGAUUCCCAGUGUCUGAAAACCUGACGAACUCGCCAAGGGGAGCCCCAAUCAUUUCUAAAGAUUUAACAUAA